AGGAGGCAUUUAUCACCCAUGGUGGAAGGAAAGAAAAUUGUAUCAUCUAUGACCUGCCUAAGGAUAAUUUUUAGGUGCUCAUUAACCACUUCCCGUCCGGCCCAUAAACGGCCUUGCGGGAGCAGUGCAGGAGGCCUCUGUGUGAGGUCCCGAUCGUGUGAUCAAUGAUUGCCCAAUCAGUGAUCACAUGAAUAGUAGUAUGUAAAAUGUCAUUUAUGACAUCAUUGCUUACUACAUGUAAAAUCUGUGAAUGAUCACAGAGGUCAGCUGGUACAAGGUUAUUCACAACAGCCUUGUACCAUGUGACAAGCUGUGACCAAUCACAGCUCUC